AUGAACCAACUGUUUUUAAUUGACAACAAUUUCCAUGAAAAUGAAUAUAGAAUGAAGGCGUGCCACGAAAAUGUUUCUUGUGCAUUAUCCAGCAGAAAUUUUAAUUUUACCAGUGAUGUUAAUCUAACAAAAGUGGAAAGUGAAAUGUUUAGUGAAUGGAGAUUUGCAUUGAACAUAAUUAUUAUCUCUCUCCAAAUCCUAUCUAGCAUUCUAAUAUUUUGUGGUAAUUUACUAGUUAUUUCAGCUGUUGCAACAACUAAAGGAUUGAGACGUAUAACUGACCUCUACAUUGUAUCACUCGCUUUGGCUGACCUACUUGUCGCAGUUCUAGUUCUACCUCUUUCCAUUAUGCGUCAAGUUUACGGUCAUUGGCCUUAUGAAUCACAUGAAUUAUGUAUAUACUGGCUCUCUCUCAACGUGUUCUUGUGUUCAGCUUCGAUAUUGAACUUAUGUUGUAUAUCUGUGGAUCGAUAUAUUGCAAUCAAUUAUCCGACGAAAUAUAUCAGCAAGCGAACACGUCGUACGGCAUUUGCAAUGAUUGGAGGUGCUUGGAUGGCAUCGUUCCUAAUAAUGAUCCCACCUAUAUUUGGCUUCCAGCAUCACACGGGAGUAGGAAGUUGUUACAUAAGAAGUGAUGCAGGAUACAGAUUUCUCACAGGAAUCUCGAUAUUCUUCGUCCCAUUUUUGUUAGUCGGUUUCAUUUACAUUCGUAUAUUUUGGGUGAUUCGACGUCGUUCAAAGGAAUUCGAAUUUGGUCAGUUUUCAUCUAAUCCGAAAGAAUAUAGAUUUGGAUCAUUUAAGUUGCUUUUCAAUCCGAGUAAUAUCUAUCACCAUCGCUUUGUACGUAUCAGGAGAUAUCUCAGUUCAAUUAACUACAAUCAACGUCGAUUAUUUGAGUUGAAGUGCAGACAAUCUAACUUGUGUAUUGCAUGCAUUCCAUGUAAGAGGCGUAACAAUCUGAAAAAAUUUUCUAUCACUCAAUCUUACGGUCCAAGUGCCUUAGGUUCUUUUUCCAAUGAGCGUCCUGUACAACCAGAGUGGAAUGUUUCGGAAACGCCUAAACAACGCACACAAUCUAUUCCGAUGUUUAGAAUAACAAUGUUGCAUAGAUCGACGAAAUCUGAUUUGAAUGAUUUUCCUACGUUUGUAGUUCAUGAUAGUACAGAGGACACAGAAGCAUGUACUUCACCAACUACUCAUACGGAAGACAAUAUAAUCAUCAAGGAUUCACUUCCAAGUGUUCACAAAACUACUGACGCUUCUGUAAAUGAUCAACGGAAAGGUGUGCAACAAAAACAUGUACAGACACAAAACAGUCAGAAUACAAAAAGUGUGACUGCAAGGUUGAAACAUCCUAAGGCACAUACUGAAAUACAUUCCUAUCGACGCGAAUGUUUUAUAUUUAAGAGAGAACAAAAAACUGUCAAAACAGUAGCAACCGUAGUUUGUUGUUUCAUUUUAUGUUGGCUUCCAUUUGCUAUUUUUCAUUUAGUAGAAGGUGUAUGUCAGUGUGUACUAUCAGAACGAAUUACAAUGGCAACAGCUUGGCCAGGUUACUUGAAUAGUAUGUGUAAUCCAUUUAUAUACGCAUUCUGUACUAAAGAAUAUGCAAAUGCAUUCAAACGUUUAUUACAUAUUGGGAAGAAUGUAUAA